AAAAAAAAGGUUUGUGAAAAAGGAAAAAAACUUUCCCCUCUCUCUCCCUUCUCUCUCUCUAACAGACAAUAAAAAUGAUUGAACCCUUUAUAAUCCUGCAAGUCAAUAGUGUUGGGGCACUCAAAUCUCUGAUAUAAAGACCAUAGCAACAUUAGAAAUUUUGUCAAUUUAACUUUUGGACCCCCCAAAAAAAUAAAGGAAAAAAAAUCAAGAAAUAGAGAGAGAAAGCUAGCCACCUAGAGAGAGAAAAAUCAGCCAUGGCGGCCCUUGAAGCUCUUUCCACAAACGAGCUCCUAAACUUCAUUAUGUGUGAUUCGAACAUCUCCCCGCCGUUCGACGGCGGGCCCCUCGAGACCGGCCUCUCUUCCGUGGCCCCGCCGCCGGUCCUCCACCCGCCGGAAACCGCCGCUCCGGCGGCGGCACAGCCUCCGGCCGGCCGGAAGAAGCGGCGGAGGCGGCCGAAGGUGUGCAAGAACAAGGAGGAGGCCGAGACUCAGAGGAUGACGCACAUUGCCGUCGAGAGGAACCGCCGGAAGCAGAUGAACGAGCACCUCGCCGUACUCCGCUCCCUCAUGCCGGAAUCUUAUGUCCAGAGGGGCGACCAGGCGUCGAUAGUUGGUGGGGCCAUCGAGUUCGUGAAGGAGCUCGAGCACAUCCUUCAGUCUCUAGAGGCCAAGAAGUUUGCUCUAUUGGAUGGGCCGAAAAAUGGGCCCGACCCAGACAGAAGGCCCAUUUCAGGAAGCCCAUUCGCGCAAUUCUUUGCAUACCCGCAGUUUAGGUGCUCUGAUAUCAACAACAACAGCAACCAGCUCGGGAGCAAGUUCACGUGCCAGACGAAAGCUGCCGUGGCUGAUAUUGAGGUCACGUUAAUCGAGACCCAUGCCAACAUUCGUAUACUAUCGAGGCGUGGGGCCCGCCACCUGUCGAGGCUCGUGGCAGCUUUUCAUUCGCUCCUCCUCACGAUACUCCACCUCAACGUGACCACGUUGGAUUCGCUCGUGCUUUACUCGGUUAGCGCCAAGGUGGAAGAAGGCUGCCAGCUAAAUUCAGCUGAUGACAUUGCAGGAGCAGUUCACCACAUGCUUAGAAUAAUGGAGGAGGAGGAUUUAGGGUUACAUGUUUAGCAUGUAUUCGUAAAAAUUGAGCUCAUCAAUCUUUUUUUUUUAAUGUUAAUUUAUGUUUUUUUUCAUUUACUUUAGUACUUUCACCCUUUCUUGUACUUACUAUGAUCUUGUUGAAAGAAUAAUUUUGCACGAUCUCAA